AGUGUGUGCAGGAGUGUGUGCACCGUGUUGUCAGUCAAUGAGCGCACCGGGCGCUGAGCGGCAGCACUGCACCUCCUUCUGCAGCCCAAAGCGCCACUUUUUCAGCCUCGCAUCCCCAGCCAGCUCGCCUUUUUUUUCUUCCCUUCUUCUCCUUUUCUGCGCUUCUCGGCACGAAUUCCAUCUCAUCGGUACAUGCAGCUGAUCGCAGAGCCGGCACCCACGCGGGACACGAGCUCUCCCACGGCGACGCGCUCCCGCUGCUCGCGCUGCUCCCUCCGCUCCCACGGAGCGGCUCCUGUCACUUCGUCUUCGGCCGCCCGCCACUCGGAGCUGCUCGGCCGGCUCUCCCCGUGAACUCAGCGCUGCGUUCAGAGACGGGCCACCUGGCUGGACGCGCGCUCCGACUCCCUCUUACCACAGAAGUGACCGCCUGAGAAUGACCCAGCAGUGAAGCGGACCCCUCGUGCGCGUGGACCUGUCCCCGGAUCGCUGCAUCCGAAGCGGCAACCCAGUUACCUGGUCUGCCUCUUUUCAGAACCCUCCCCAGGGCCUCCUCUUUCUCUUUGCCCCAGAAAACCAGCCCCGGAGUCCAGAUGGACCUACACCGUGCCGCCUUUAAGAUGGAGAGCUCCUCCUACCUUCCCAACCCGCUGGCCUCGCCGGCGCUCAUGGUGUUGGCCUCAACGGCUGAGGCCAGCCGCGAUGCUUCGAUACCCUGCCAGCAGCCCCGACCCUUUGGGGUUCCAGUCUCUGUGGAGAAGGAUGUGCACCUGCCCUUCACCAAUGGUUCUUACACCUUUGCCUCCAUGUACCACCGGCAGGGUGCUGUGCCAGGAGGCUUCCCCAACCGGGAAUUCCCACCCUCCCUCCUUCACCUGCACCACCAAUUUGCUCCACCUAACCUGGACUGCUCCCCCAUCGGCAUGCUUAACCAUAGCGGUGUGGGUGCCUUUCGUCCAUUCGCCUCGCCACCUGAGGAGCGUGACAGUGCCGCGGGCUAUCAGUCAGCCUUCACCCCCGCCAAGAGACUUAAGGGCUGCCUGGAGGCCGAGGCUUCGCCCCACCUGCGCUACUCGGACGCCGAGGGCAAGGAGUAUGACUACGGGGGAGCCCAGAUCCCAUCCAGCUCUCCAGGUGCCCUCAAAGUCGUGGAGGAUGCUGGAAAAAAGAUCUUCGCCGUCUCUGGCCUGCUGUCUGACCGUGAGACCUCUUCCAGCCCAGAGGACCGCAUUGAGCGCUGCAAGAAGAAGGUUUCCCUCUACGACAACCAGGCACCUAUCUGCCCCAUCUGCCAGGUACUGCUGCGGCCUGGCGAGCUGCAGGACCACAUGGAGCAGGAGAUGGACCGGCUGACCCACAUGCACCUCAGUAAGAACCCAACACACAAGGACAUGAACGUAGCGCCUGGCACACCCAAGUCCCUCCUGCUGUCGGUGCACAUCAAGCGUGAAGGAGAGUCGCCUGUGGUCUCACCGCUGUCAUCUGAAGACCUCCACCACUCGGACAGAUACCAGACUUUUUUACGAGUGAGAGCGAACAGGCAAACUCGACUGAAUGCACGGAUCGGGAAGAUGAAACGUCGGAAGCCGGAGGAUGGGCAGAGAGAGGGUGCCUGUGGUCCUGAAGACGAUGGGGCGGACCUGGAUGGCGAGAAUGGCACACGCUUCGAGGAGUAUGAGUGGUGCGGCCAGAAGAGGGUGCGUGCCACCUCGCUGCUGGAGGGUGGCUUCCGAGGAACAGGCUUUGCCACGUGCAGCACAAAGGACAGCCACGACAGUGAUGCCGACUUGGACGUGGACGGCGAUGACACACUGGAGUAUGGGAAAGCACAGUACACAGAGGCAGACAUCAUUCCAUGCUCUGGGGAGGACCAGGGGGAGGCCAAGGAGCGAGAGGCCCUGCGGGGUGCUGUGUUGAAUGGCGGGACGCCCUCUAACAGAAUAACUCCAGAAUUCUCUAAAUGGGCCAGUGAUGAAAUGCCCUCCACGAGUAACGGCGAGGGCAACAAGCAGGAUGCUUGUGGAGCUUCAGCCGCUGCCCCUCGGACCUGUAAAAACAGCGACAUCGAGAAGGUCACAGAGGACUCAACCAUGACCACGCUCGAGGCGCUCAAGGCCCGCAUCCGGGAACUGGAAAAGCAGAUCCUGCGAGGAGACCGCUACAAGUGUCUCAUCUGCAUGGAUUCCUACACGAUGCCUCUCGCCUCUAUCCAGUGCUGGCAUGUCCACUGUGAGGAAUGCUGGCUUCGAACUCUGGGCAACAAGAAGCUGUGUCCACAGUGCAACACCAUUACGUCACCGGGUGACCUGAGGCGCGUGUACUUGUGAAGAUCCCUGCUGUCGGCCAGUCCACAACACGUGUCCGUCCUCGCCGCCCAGUCUCCUCUUUUUCUCACUGUUGUUGUCAUUGUAUUCAAGAAUUUUUUUGUUUUUUAUUUUUGCAAGGGGGGGGUGGGGCUGUGUUUUGAAAAGACAAGACUGUGGUCUUUCAGAAGGACUCUCAAAGGGGUGAAAGAGACAAACCAGACUUGGGAACAGAACCCAAAGACUCAACACGUAGUCCUCUGAGCACGUUCACGAGUACCAAGUGCCCCUUGUCCUGCUCUCCUCCCUCAGCAUUCCUGUUGCUGCCACCUAGUGGCAGUGUAAAUUUUGGUAUCAGGUACUACUGUAUUUUUGGUCUCCCGCUCAGCUCUGCCUGACUGACCUUGUCAUCAGUAGCAGCGGAGGUCCCUAAUAGACGUUGGUAAACCUACUCCCCAGGCUUGCUUAACCUUUUGUGCUGAUGGACUGCGCCGGCUUGUAAGAUGUUUUUGUACCUCUUGUCCCCCACUUGUUGCUGCUGCUGUCUUUGUGAAGCCCUCGCCUGGUGAGACUAGACAUCUGAACUGGUCUUAUGAGAUCAUGACAUCUCAUGUGGACCAUACCUGCAGGAAAAAAAUCUCCACUUUCAAGCUCUCUACCAAACCAGUGUCCCUGUAACAACCUUUGAAGCCCUCUCCUUGGCGGUGUUAAUUUUUCUCAGUUUUUUUUGUUGUGGUGUUUUAGUGAAACAGUUACUCAACUGAAUCCAGAAGAGAGAAAUCAACAUACAGAGCAAGUGCAAGCACAUGUAAUAUAGUCUAUGUAUGUUUACAGUGUUGUGUAUAAAUGACAAAAUCUGGAAACACAUGCACACACAAUAAUUCAGUCUGUUUGGGAUAAAGUGAGGAGCUGUAGUAAGGCAAGAUAUUUAAAACUGGCUGGAGAAAAACGCAAUGAUUUGUUAUUUUCUAUUGUACAGGAAGAUAUUCGAGAAAUUUAAAAAAAUACUCAAAAUAAUGUGUUAGGUUGUGUACAUUUCUGUUUGAUUAUACAGUAACUGUAGUUAAAACAAAAAGCAACAGUUUUUUUUUUCCUUCCUUUCUUUCUUCCCACAUUCUAAGUGAAAGUUUUUGAAUGCUGUUUUGUACAAGCUUCUAAGGCAAUGUAUCAGACACAAUGGCUUACUAUGAAUUUCGGUCCUGGUAGAAUGAACUACUCUGAACGUUGUUUUCAUGCAUUAAGUUAUAUAAUAAUGUACUAAUAACAAUAGGUUUGCUUAUUGUUUUAAAACUUCAUUCGCUGUUGUUACAUUAAACUUUUUCCGAAAGAACAAUAAACUGCAUUUUAGCAUAACUUAUAAGAAUGUAUAUAUCUUCCAACCUGUUUUUCUAUUAUUAUUUUUUAAAAAAUUAUUACUGUAGUUCAUUCUGUCAGGUAUGAAAACCCGAAAAGUGAAGGCCAUGACCUGUUGUAUAAAAAAACACCAACUGCUCUAAGUCCUGGGUUCGAAGUAGGAGAUAGCAGGCUGUUGUCAGUCCAGCAGGUGAUGUGCUCUGAUGGUGGUGGAGGGGGGUUCCGGUCUGUAGCAGCCUAAACUCAGGCCGUCCUGUCAAAAAAAAAGCAUUUCCCUGGACAAGACGGCAUGUGUUGUAUUUGUAAAACUAUGUAUUCUUGUGAUGUUUCGUUCAAUGUAAGCGAAAACGAAAAGGAAAAAAAAAAUUAAAAAAAAAAAAAAGGCUCGCGUCCACCCCUGCAGUAUGAAAAUAUCCAUAUAUGGAGUAUAAGUAGCUAUGGCUCUAAGCAUAAAUGUUGAAAUCGAGAGGUCAGAUUUUUGACACCCCAUCUGUAUUUCUAUAGAAAAUGUACAUAUAAGAAAAUAAUUUCUAUGUGAAGGUAUUGCCCAAAAAAAAGAACUUGCCCGCUAGACUGAACUAGUGUCCAUUGAGUUUGGCCCUGGUCCGUUGCGGACGAGCCGGGAUCCUGUGGAUACGUCGCAGUGCUGUGAUCACUUCCCUCCAAUUAACUCACGAAACAGGUUUUUAACUCCUGCCACUUGAGAGCAAGGAUUGCCGAAAAGCAGUGUGUGAAAUUUCUAACAUGUUGACUGUAAUAAACACUCCCUGGGAAUAUGUAACUCAUGACCACUGUUGUCAUGUCAGGUACAGAUUAACAAGCAGACAAUAGGAAUUGACAGCUGUGCCUCCUCAGAAGAGCUGUGCCAUACAUCAAACACACACACACACAGGAGCCGGGGUAUCCCAAAAUGCACCUGCGUCUCUAUAUACAGGCAGUGUACCAAAAGUGGAAUGCCGUUUGGGGGCGAUGCAGCCUGGAAGGGAUGUGUCAUGGUAUCAACAACGAACCUGGAACUUCUAGCGCCAUCGUUCAUGCGGAAUUUAAGCAGUCGACAUCAGUUCGACAGAGGCAGGAAGCGAAGUCCACGGAUUGGGGUACCGUGAAGGUCUGGUGAUGGUUUGUCUCUGGCUUUCUCUUAAACCAGCCAUUGGCGUCACGUUCAACCUCCGUUGUAGUGGGAGACACGGUCCGGCAGUGCCGUGUCACGAGAAGCAGGAGAUCAGUCGCUGCAGCACUUGGUAUUGAUGCCUUAUGAUUGAAUUAGCAGUCCAAAAUGUCGUGGAAUACCUUAUGAACUGAAGAAUAAUUUUGGUGAUUAGACUGGGCACUGAGGCCUGUGCAGUUUCUUAGCCUUUUGAUCCACCUUUUGGUUCUUUGGGGCUGUACUUGUCCUUUCAACCCAUCACAAAACUCUUGCCCAGGUGCCAUGCAACCCUGAACUUGGCAGAAAGGCAUUUCCACAGAACUUACAUAAUGGUAUUUCGGUCAGCAGAGCCGUUUCCAUUGAUGCAAAAUGUUCUCAAAUGACCACAACUGAAAAAAAUACUGCAGUUUUGAAGACUUCAACCUCCUGUUUUGCGUUGUGCCCUGAACCAGUCCCCGUGUGUCAGGAUUGAACUUUGCUCUUGACCUUGUGGUCACUCUUGGAUCAUAGUUAUUCUUUCCCUCGAUCUAAAAGCACCUGAGUGAGUUGCUCACAGCUGGUGCAUAAAUCUACAGCAAAAAUUGCAUCAUCCCGUUGCCUUCUGUUUCUGUGCUGGUUUUGUGGUUCCGCUCUCAAACCCGUGCGUUUGGGUUUUGCACGGUGGGAGGACAGCAUGUUGCACUUGCCGAUCAUAUAUUGCAGCAGCCUCAUUAUUUGAAUAUUUCUCACUUGGUCCCUGGUGAUUCCAUUUUUUGUGCACUGCUUAUAUGUACACACAGCUGAAAAACACAGCCGUUCGCUCCCUUGCUUUAGGUAACAGAGAUGGCUUUCCAGUCUAGGUGGCCGAAAGCGUCGUCAGCUGUCACUGCGGCGGCUUCUGAAAUCUACAGACUUCCUCACUUCUGGCCCCUGUCGGAAACGAGGGUCCGUCCCAUCCCUGUGCGCGUUGUAAUUACCACUAUGCGGAGAAUAAAUUAACGUGGCCCAAAGAACACAAAUUGCACAAGAUGGUCGUGUCAGAUGAUGUGUGUCAUGUAUAUUCUCAAAAAUGGUACGUGUCUUUUCUGGUUUGUAAACUACAUUUGACAUUAAUU